GAUUAUUGUAAAAAUGACACUAGUUCUAUUAAAUCGCUUAACCAGACCUGGUUUGUUUUGAUUUUGGUCUUUUAGUUCUAUGUUUUUGCCUGACAACUCAGAUUUUCGACCCCUCCAUUCUCCCACUUCUAUUAUCCACUCCAUAAGUACCUUCCAACCACAACACUUUUCAACUAGAGCUGCAUCAAAAUAACCUGCAGAUUUCUUCUAAAUAUUCCCUUUGAGUUAUCAAAUAAAUCUUUCACCAUGGCUGAACCAGCACAUCAAGAAGUCAACACUAGCAAUGAGCCUAAGCUCGUAGAGUCAGAGACCAAGCUUGCCACUGAGCCAGAAGCAUUAAAGGAAGAAUCUGCCAAGGAAACUCCAGCUGAGGGAUCUGUAUGUUGAUGACUCCUCUAAUAUUCUUUCACAACGGGUUCGUUGAUGUUAUUACGCCUUGCUGAUUUUGAUAAGACCUUGACUGAAAAAGCUACUGAAGUCGCAUCUAACGCCGCCGCAACUGUUACCUCGGCCGCUACAGGUAUCACUGACAAUGUUUUCUCCAUGUUCGGUGGUGGAGCUAAGAAGGAGAAGAAAGAGGAUGAGGACCGUGGAGAUAACUCAGGAUCUGCCAAGGCACAAAAGGCCGCCGCUGCUGAAGAGAACCCUGAGGUAUUGUCGGACCACGUUUAUAUAUGCAAGCAGGACUGAUAAUUGUUCAGGAUGAAGCCCCAGAAUCCGAGGACGUUCACUUCGAGCCAGUUAUCCGUUUGACCGAGAAAGUCGAUGUCAAGACCAAUGAGGAACUCGAGGAACAAACCUUCAAGAUGCGCGCUAAGCUCUUCAAAUUCGUCAAGGAUACCCAAGAGUGGAAGGAGCGUGGUACCGGUGAUGUUCGAUUCCUGAAACACAAAGAGAAUGGCAAGACUAGAUUGGUCAUGCGAAGAGACAAGACUUUGAAGGUCUGCGCCAACCACUAUAGUAUGUUUACGAUGCCGGAAAUUAUUACAUGAAACUUUUGCUAAUGGUUAAAAGUCGUCCCUGAUAUGAAGUUGUCUCCCAAUGUUGGUAGCGAUAGAAGUUGGGUCUGGAACGCCGCAGCAGAUGUCAGUGAAGGCGAGCCAGAAGCACAAACUUUGGCUAUCCGUUUUGCCAACUCUGAGAGUAAGCUUCCACGUCGCAAAUAACAUACAGUAUGGGAUCUGACAUUUCUAGACGCAAACCUCUUCAAGGAGGCUUUCAUCAAGGCUCAACAAGAGAACGAAGUCUUUUUCAAGGCUUAAACGACAAAUUUGUCCUCGUAUUUACUUCUACUUCCCAUCACGGCCCCCAAUCGACAAACAGCAUGAUACAGCACAGCACGUAUUCCGAAGGAAUGAAUUUAUGAUCAUAGUUGCAUUGAAACGCAUUUCUUCCAUACCCCUUUAACAAUCUACGCGCAUGUUGCCGAAACCUCUUUUGUAAGCAUCGACGAUUCGAUACCUGAACAUUCUGGUGGUCCAGGUCUUUCUCAAAGAUUAUAUCAUGAAUAUGAUAAUGAUGGAGGAAAGGAAGGCUUGAUUAGUACUCAGUUUUGAGACUAUGGCAUGAGAUUGUAGUUAGACUAAAAAUACUAGUCCCUCGUUCGUCUCCAAGCUAC